CUAGGAAGGUGAGAACAAAACUUCAGUAACUUCUCUUUGUAGUUAAACUCCAAGUCUAUCUCCCAACACCAUGGCCUGCUGCAACUCCUGCUCCACCAGCUUCUGUGGCUUCCCUAGCUGCUCUACUGGGGGGAACUGUGGAUCUAGCUGCUGCCAAGACAGCUGUGGGACCAGCAGCUGCCAACAGGGUGGCUGCGGCAUCAGCUCUGGGAUCGGCUCUGGGAUUGGCUUCGGGAUAGGCUCUGGAUCCAACUGUGAGACUACCUGCAGGACCAGGUGUUAUGUUCCCGAAUGCUGUGGAGGAGAGAGCUGCCGCACCAGGUGGUGCCGCCCAGACUGCAGGGUUGAGGGUACUUGCCUGCCACCUUGCUGCGUGGUCAGCUGCACUCCCCCAUCUUGCUGCCAGCUGCACCAUGCCCAGGCUUCUUGCUGCCGCCCAUCCUAUUGCGGCCAGUCUGGCUGCCGUCCAGCCUGCUGUGACUACUGCUGUGAGCCCACCUGCUAAGGAUCAGGAUGCUGCUUGCCAGUGUUCAGAGGACACAACAUCUCUAAAUUUCUUCUUAGAGAACUGACAUUGGAUCACUAAUAAAUUUGUGAAAUGUG